UAAGAGCUAACAACUACCAAACAGGACCAUAAUUUUUUAGCAGUCCAACCCCAAGCCCUGUUAUGUUUUACGGCCCAAAAAAAUGCCAUCCAAAUAUUACACAGUAUCAUAUAAAUACUUCGCUAUUCUAGGGUUAGUACAUACGCCGCUUCCGUUUCGUUUGAGUUUAUCUUUGCCGACCCGGCAUCUCCAAACCCGCUGAAUCGAGCCUGAAAAAUUGGGGGGGAAAAGCUACCUCCACUGACCACCAGCUCUACACUACACAACUCCUCUCCAUCCUUCUUCUAUAGAGACAAUAGAGAGAGAAAAGCAUGGCUAGAGGGAAGAUCCAGAUCAAGAGGAUAGAGAACCAGACAAACAGGCAGGUGACCUACUCCAAGAGAAGGAAUGGUCUUUUCAAGAAAGCUCAUGAGCUCACUGUCCUCUGCGAUGCUAAGGUUUCCAUCAUCAUGAUUUCCAUGUCCGGAAAGCUCCAUGAAUACAUCAGCCCGUCUCUCUGUACGAAGCAGUUGUUUGACCAGUACCAGAAGACCCUCGGUAUCGAUCUUUGGUGCUCCCACUAUGAGAAAAUGCAAGAUCAGUUGAAGAAACUAAGAGAUAUUAACCGGGCUCUUCGAAGAGAGAUAAGGCAGAGGAUGGGUGAGAAUCUGAACGACCUGAGCCUUGAACAAUUGACAGAGCUGAUAGAAGAUGUGGAUGGUUCUCUCAAGCUCAUUCGUGACAGAAAGUAUAAGGUGAUUUCCAACCAGAUUGAGACUCACAAGAAGAAGGUGAGGAAUGUGGAAGAAAUCCAUAGAAACCUGAUACUGGAAUGUGAGGCAAGACAGGAAGAACCAUACGGGCUGGUUGACCAUGAAAGGGGCGAUUACAAUUCUGUUCUUGGAUUUCCAAAUGGAGGGCCCCGCAUCCUAGCUUUGCGCUUUGACCCCCCCAAUCACCACCAUCACCACGGCCACCUCCACAGUGGAGGGGGAUCUGAUCUCACUACUUUUACUUUACUCGAGUAAUAGUAGUACGUAUGCUGCCGAGUGUUCAAUUGGCUGGUAAAUAAACUUGUUGUAACAUUUUCGUACAUGUGUCGCCGAGUGUGUCUAAUUAGCUGGUAAAUAAACUUGGUGUUGUAAUAUAUUCUCUAAAUUGAACAUGUUGUAAUCAAACUGAUGCUUGGGGCUGACUUGUAUUUUUAUCAUUGUAUGAACUAUGAAGUGUAUGAACCAGAAUGAUGACGUGCAGUGAUGGAGGGAGUGUGGUGUUAAUUGACACAACUCAAUUUUUUUUGUAAUUAUAUAUAGAGGUAUAUUCUUUAAAAAAUUAAUUUGACACCACGUAUAUAAAUGGAAUGAUUAUCAGUUGACACCACUCAAAUAUCUUUUGUAGUUAUAUAUUAUUCUUUGUUUUUUAAUUUUUGCAGCAGUUUGAUUUUCAUGUUUGCUAGCACACAACUUCGAUUGUAAUUAUAUUUAAUUAUGUAUUAAUAAACAUUAUAAAAAGUUGAUAUUU